AUUGUAUCUCCCGCCCCCUUUCUCCUUAGUGAUUAGUCUUGUCUGUACCGUUUGCGUUUGAUGCCUGGAGCCCGCCAUUGACAGUGUUUGGUCAUUGAGCUGCUUUCAUUGUAUUUUUUUCAAUUUGUUUAGAUUUUUUACAGCAAUUAAAUAUCCACAACCAUGGGGAAAAAUGAGGAAGACGAGAUAAUAAGGAUCGCUAAAAAGAUGGACAAAAUGGCGCAGAAAAAAAAUGGGUCUGAAGCCUUGGAUCUGCUGAAGGAGUUAAAGAAUAUACCUAUGACUCUGGAAUUGUUGCAGUCUACAAGGAUAGGGAUGUCGGUGAAUGCCAUCCGCAAGCAAAGCACAGAUGACGAGGUUACAUCGCUAGCAAAGUCACUCAUCAAAUCCUGGAAGAAGCUAUUAGAUGAACCAGGAGGAGCAGAGAAAGCGCCAGAAGAGAAGAAAAAGGAGCCUGCCUCAUUACCAGUCCCUGCACCUGCUUCAUGUUCACAGAACAGUCCUGAACCAAGAGAAAAAAGCAGCUCAAGCAGUAACUCAAGCAGUAAAGACGAAGCUGGUGAUGCUCCUGUAAAUUCUCUGAUUACAACUUUCCCUCGCGCCCCAAACACAUCCGACUCUGUGAGGAUUAAGUGCAGGGAAAUGUUAUGCAAUGCUCUUCAAGCAGGGGAUGACUAUAUUGCCAUUGGUGCUGAUUGCGAAGAACUUGGAGCCCAAAUUGAGGACUGUAUCUUUCAAGAAUUCAAAAACAUUGACAUGAAGUACAAAAACAGGGUGCGGAGUAGGAUCGCAAAUCUGAAGGAUAUUAAAAACCCCAAUCUUAGAAGGAAUGUCCUUUGUGGAAGUGUUGCUCCAGAUAGAAUGGCCAGGAUGACGGCAGAGGAUAUGGCCAGCGAUGAACUUAAGGAGAUGAGAAAAAACCUCACCAAAGAAGCAAUCAGAGACCAUCAAAUGGCGAAGACAGGAGGCACCCCGUCUGACAUGUUCUGUUGUGGGAAAUGCAAGAAGAGGAACUGUACAUAUACACAGGUUCAGACACGUAGCGCUGAUGAACCUAUGACCACAUUUGUUUUCUGUAUUGAAUGUGGAAACAGGUGGAAGUUCUGUUGAAGAGUGGCAAAUUGUUCCUAUGGGCAGAGAUGAAUACAGCUGGACCAGGACUUCACGAAUACUCAUUUUAUACCUGUGUUUGUAAAGUAGAACAGACAUAGACAUUUUAUAUCUAGUGGAACCUGGUAUAUACAGAUGGCCACAGAGAAAAACUCCCAUGUUUUAAUUCAGUUAUCGCGUCAUCUGAACCAUUUAUUGUAUUUUAACUAGUUAGAAUUCCAUGAUGAUUGAUGUUAAAACAUUUUUUUAUAUGUAGUUUAACAUUAAAAUUUGAUCAAUAACUAGUG